UCACAACGCUAACACUGCCACAGUGAAAACCGACAAACUUGUUUGGCCCAGAGAGUCAUAAACAUUCAAUAAAAAGCACAACAACAAUGCUAAGGUAUAAUAGAAAAUUGUUAACUCAUCAUGAGAAUAUUUCUAAACAAACAGCCCUAAUUAAACAACAAUUACGUUUGUUAUGCACCGCCAAAACAAACUCCACCGCCAACGAAGACAAUCACUAUGACUUCCAAAAAGAAUGGGCCCAAGCAAAACCUUUCGAGGAAAUACCCUUCGACAGUCCGCUAUCGAUGUUGAAAAAAUUUAUGCCCGGUGGAAGAUAUGCCAAUUUGGAUGCCACCAAAUUAAUGUUUGCCAUGAAAGAAGACUUGGGCAGCAUAACCCUACUCAAAGGCAUGUUGGGUAAAAAAUCUUUUGUGGUCACCCAUAAUCCUCAGGAUUUUGAGAUGGUAUUACGCAACGAAGGUGUUUGGCCCAUACGACCAGGUCUAGAGGUCUUGGCCCAUUAUCGUAGCGUUGUGAAAAAAGAUUUCUAUCAGGGAACAGAGGGUUUAUUGUCAACGUCUGGUGAGAAAUGGGGCAACUUUCGAUCAGCAGUCAAUCCAGUGAUGAUGCAGCCCAAGAAUGUUCGCUUGUAUAUGCACAAAAUGUCCAGUGUUAAUAGGAAAUUUUUAAAUAGAAUCCGUACCAUUCGCGACCCACAAACUCUCGAGGUACCCGCUUCGUUUAAGGAAGAAAUGAACCGUUGGACCUUGGAAUCAGUCUCAGUUGUGGCUUUGGACAAGCAAUUGGGUUUGCUCUCAGAAAAUCGCAAUGAUCCCAAGGCACGACAAAUAUUUGAUUGUCUCACCGACUUCUUUGCUCUAGGCUAUGAGAUUGAGUUCAAACCUUCAAUAUGGAAAUAUUUUGCCACACCCUCUUAUAAAAAACUUAUUAAGGCAUUGGAUACAAUGCAGGAAAUAACUUCGGGAUAUAUACAGGAGGCCAUAGAUCGGUUGGAGGCCGAGAAGAAGGCAGGUGUACCAGAAAAGCCAGAGAGCGAGAAAAGUGUUUUGGAGAAGCUGUUAAAAAUUGAUCCCAAGAUAGCAAAAGUUAUGGCCAUAGAUAUGCUAAUGGCAGGGGUGGAUACGACUUCCACCACCUUUACAGCUUUGCUUUUGUGUUUGAGUAAAAAUCCAGAAAAACAAGCCAAACUACGGGAGGAAAUCAUGAGGGUUUUGCCCCAAAAAGAUUCAGAAUUCACCGAAGAGGCAAUCAAAAAUAUGCCCUAUCUAAGGGCUUGCAUUAAAGAAUCCCAGCGCAUCUAUCCCUUGGCGGUGGGCAAUGUAAGGGUGGCUGCCAAAGAUGUGGUGCUUAGCGGCUAUCGUAUUCCAGCUGGUCAACAGGUUUUCAUGGUCUCCGCUUCGCUAAACAUGGAUGAGAAAUAUUAUCCACGAGCCAAGGAAUUUUUACCCGAGCGCUGGCUGAGGCAAGAAAAAGGCACUUCCGAAGAGGGAAGUCAAGCCUUAAAGCCCAGCAGUCCUUUUGUUUUCCUGCCUUUCGGCUUUGGUCCACGCAGCUGUAUUGGACGGCGCAUUGUGGAAAUGGAAAUUGAAUUGGGCAUAGCCCGUUUGAUACGCAACUUCCAGGUGGAGUUUAACCAUCCCACCGAAAAUGCUUUUAGGUCUUUGCAAAUUAAUGUUCCCAAUAUACCACUGACAUUUAAAUUUAUCGAUAUUGAAAAUUGAUCACAAUUGUGCAACGAUUGUAGAUAACAAGUAUGAGAGAGUUUACAUCACAAAGGAUUACCACACAACUUUGCUUUAUCAAAAAAAAAGUAUUUUUUUUAUCAACUAUUUAAUAAAUCUUAAGAUA